CAGCACUUGCGGACCAGCAUCCCAGUUGAUAACACCUCGCUCGAUCCCAGAGUUACCACCAGAGAUUAGCCAAAACCAAAUCCAGUGUCAAGCAGUAUGUCGCAGUUCAGUACCGUUGCCGCACUCCUACUCCUCGGCCUGGUCGUCAUCCUUGGCGGCCACGGUGGCCAGGCGGCCGUUGCCAAGGUCAAACUGAACAAUCCAUCGCAUCCCGGCAAGUGUGUGCUGGACACGCACACGAUCCUGUCGCCCGGGGAGACGGGUCUGGCGCCGAAUCUGCCAUGUGUGCGGGCCGAAUGCCAUGCGGAUGGCUUGGUGACCUUCAAAACCUGCGAUGCAGUCGCUCCGCCGCCGGGCUGCAAGCAGCGCGACUUUGUGAACAUCAAUCGCGAAUUUCCCGCGUGCUGCGAGCGGAAAUACAAUUGCGACAAGCACAUCUAAAGUCAUUAUUAA